UGGGGCGGUGCAUAGCACACGUUAUCAUCUCAUUCUUUCUCAUCUUUAUUGUUGUCGGACUUGACACCUGAAGUAGCCUAGUUUGGGGGGACGCUUCCUUCACACCGGACCAGUCUGAAUUGGACAAGCAGACGACUAGCAUGAAGUCUAGCAAACAGAAAUCGCCACACACGACUGAGAAGGAAUUUGGCGGAACUCUGGGAGCCACCUGCAUCCCCGUGUUCCUGCCCCUCACGGUGCUCUACCUCCUGAGUGUGUGCCGCUCACCUGCAGCCAGUGUGCUGCAAUGGCCUCCCCCCCUGCCUCACGCAACCUUCCUGUGGGAUCCCGUGGCUCUAGCCAUUGUAGUCGGGUGGAUGCUCCUUCAGAGCUUUCUUUAUCUUCUACCCAUUGGAAAGCUAUCUGAGGGAUUAGUGCUUAGAGAUGGUUCCAGACUGAAGUAUCCCAUUAAUGGGUACUACGCCUUGUGCUGCAGUGCUGUGGUCAUCGGUCUGGGCCUGUGGCUGGACAUGCCCCUGGCGUAUCUCUUUGAGCUGAUCAUCCCUCUGGCCGUUGCUGCAAUUGCAGUGUCAUACCUGCUCUCCCUUUACCUGUACAUCAGGUCUUUCUGGGCACCUGCUCAUGAUUUGGCCUUAGGUGGCAACACAGGGAAUCCAAUGUAUGAUUUCUUUAUUGGACGUGAACUGAAUCCUCGCAUCGCUGGAUUUGACCUGAAGUACUUUUGUGAACUCCGACCUGGUUUGAUUGGCUGGGUGGUUCUGAAUCUGGCAAUGUUGCUGAAAGAGGUGGAACUGAGGGGAUCUCCAUCUCUUGCCAUGCUACUGGUCAACAGCUUUCAGCUGCUCUAUGUCACUGAUGCACUGUGGAAUGAGGAAGCAGUUCUGACGACCAUGGACAUAGUUCAUGAUGGGUUUGGUUUCAUGCUGGCCUUCGGGGACCUGGCCUGGGUGCCAUUCACUUAUGGACUGCAGGCUGUUUUCCUGGUGGCACAUCCACAGUCACUCAGUCCACUGGGAGCAGCAGGAAUAGUGCUUCUAAAUGGACUUGGCUAUUACAUCUUCAGGAAGUCAAACUCCCAGAAGAAUCAAUUCCGACGUGACCCCACCCAACAAAGUGUGGCAAAACUGGAGACCAUUGCCACGGCAACAGGGAAGCGGCUGUUGGUUUCAGGUUGGUGGGGGUUUGUCCGGCAUCCAAACUAUCUAGGCGAUAUCCUCAUGGCCUUGGCAUGGUCACUUCCAUGUGGGUUCUCACACAUCGCCCCAUAUUUCUACGUCAUUUACUUCUCCAUCCUGCUGAUCCACCGCGAGGACAGAGAUGAGAGGCAAUGCAGGGCCAAGUAUGGCUUGGCCUGGGAUACAUACUGCAAAAGAGUCCCUUACAGGAUCAUCCCUUACGUGUACUAAGAACCCAGAGACUUCUGAGAUGAACUGACAUACAGUAGGCAGAUAUAUUCCCCACGCAGCCAGGAACAUCAAGAAGAGGCCGCUUUUAGUGCGCUUAUCUGGAUAAUAAGAGCUACAGUAAGGCUGACUGUUUUGGAAGUAACGGGAGGGUAAAUCACUGAUGGGAUCCUUGAAUGUGAAAGAUAAGGCAUCAGUGACGCGUGGGUACAUUCACAGGUGACCCAAACUCACCUGGUGCUAUACUUCAACCUGACCGCAACUCGAAAUGCAAGUAUUGUGUAACAGAAAACUAUACCCUACCAGCAUUUUUUUUUUUUUUAAAUGUGUUCAUGUUUUGAGCAAACAUUUCCACUGUAAGUUUGAAUGAGAAUAGAAUUGCCCUGUCCUACAAUUUGGCCUGAAUCAUCUGAAGCAUGUACAGUAUGUCAGAGCAACAAAUUUAGCUCAAACUUCUCCUGCACUAUCUCUAUUCUCCAGGCAGGAAGCCUGACACAGCGCUGCGCAUCCUCAGUACACUGUAUCUUCUCAAGAUUAGUCAGCCAAUUAUGUUUUAGAAAACCACCAACAGCUUUGCUGAGUCAGCUACUCAGAUACUCAGUGGAGAACAUAUAUGGUCAGGCUUACUUGGAGUGCCUGAAAUGAAUAUCACAUAAGAAUCGGAAAUCAAGGAAUGUUUCACAUGUUCUUUUAUGGCGUGUGUAUUUACUACUACAGUAGUUUCCUUUAAUGUUUUCACUGUGCCACAUUAGCUAGUAGCUAGUGUUGCAUCUUGUGUCAUUCACCAACAAGCAAACUUACUACACUGAACUUACUACACUGAG